ACCGGCCUCACCCCGCACCUCGCUGCCACUCCGGCUCCCCGGCAGGUACCAGCCAGCCCCCGCGGGAACCCCGCCACUUUACGCCGCUCCGCUGCGCGCUGGGGCACUUUUCCGGAGAAGGGGUGGAGAGGGGGGCGGGUGGAAAAGUGCAAGGGGUUCCCCCUCCUUGUCCCGAACCCUCUGCUCGCCUCUGCCCCGACAGCUGCCGUGGCAGCUGCGGAGCGGGUGACAGCGCCCGGUACCUGGCGACGGUCUCUGGGCCACCUGCCCGGCUGUCAUCAAGGAGGUGAGGUGCGCUGCCUCGGGGAAAACCCUCGGCUCUGCCCUGGGAGCGCAGAAGAGAUUAAAUUUAGAUUGUUUGAAAAGUGGGGAGAUAUUCCACCAUAGUGCAAAAGAAGAUACAGAAGAAGAGAUCACAAUGAAAGCUUCCCAAGUACCACAUGCCUGCAGCCUGUUAUCUUUAGCUAUGCUGCUCCUUCCAGUCACUGGAACGUCAAAACAAAAUAUCCCGAGACUCAAGCUUUCCUAUAAAGACUUGCUGCUUUCAAACAGCUGCAUCCCAUUCCUGGGCUCAACAGAGGGGCUUGAUUUUCGAACCCUGCUGCUAGAUGAGGAGAGGGGCCGGCUGCUAAUCGGGGCUAAAGACCACAUCUUCCUGCUCAACUUGGUUGAUUUAAACAAAAAUGUAAAAAAGAUUUACUGGCCUGCAGCAAAAGAAAAGGUAGAAUUAUGCAAAUUAGCUGGGAAAGAUGCCCAUACAGAAUGUGCCAAUUUUAUCAGGGUUCUUCAGCCCUACAACCGAACCCAUGUUUAUGUCUGCGGCACAGGAGCGUUUCACCCUCUCUGUGGAUACAUUGAACUUGGAACACACAAAGAGGAAACGGUUUUCCGGCUGGACACUCAGAACUUGGAGUCUGGCAGGUUGAAAUGCCCUUUUGAUCCCCAGCAGCCCUUUGCUUCGGUGAUGGCAGAUGAAUAUCUUUAUGCUGGAACGGCUUCUGAUUUCCUUGGCAAAGACACUGCUCUAACACGUUCUCUGGGCCCUUCUCACGACCACCAUUACAUCAGAACUGACAUUUCUGAACAUUACUGGCUUACUGGAGCAAAAUUCAUUGGAACAUUUCCUAUCCCGGACACCUAUAAUCCAGAUGAUGACAAAAUCUACUUCUUUUUCCGAGAAAUAUCACAAGAUAGUGGCACGUCUGACAAGACAAUCCUUUCCCGAGUUGGGAGAGUUUGUAAGAAUGAUAUGGGAGGUCAAAGGAGCCUAAUAAACAAGUGGACUACGUUUCUGAAAGCCAGGCUAGUAUGUUCAAUACCUGGUCCUGAAGGAGCAGACACACAUUUUGAUGAGCUACAAGAUAUAUUCUUACUUUCUACAAGAGAUGAGAGAAACCCACUGGUAUAUGGAGUCUUCACUACAACAAGCUCUGUCUUCAAGGGCUCUGCAGUUUGUGUGUACAGCAUGGCAGAUAUCAGGGCUGUUUUCAAUGGUCCUUAUGCUCACAAAGAGAGUGUGGACCAUCGGUGGGUACAAUAUGAAGGUCGCAUCCCGUAUCCCAGACCUGGUACAUGUCCAAGCAAAACCUAUGAUCCUCUCAUAAAGUCUACCAGAGACUUUCCCGACGAAGUCAUUAGCUUCAUUAAACGCCAUCCACUGAUGUACAAAUCCGUUUAUCCAGUGACGGGAGGACCAGUAUUCACUCGAAUCAAUGUGGACUAUCGUCUGACUCAGAUUGUGGUGGACCACGUCAUGGCAGAGGAUGGGCAAUAUGAUGUUAUUUUCCUAGGAACAGACAUAGGCACAGUCCUGAAAGUUGUGAGUAUCACAAAGGAGAAGUGGACUAAGGAGGAGGUGGUCCUGGAAGAACUGCAGAUAUUCAAGCACCCUUCAUUUAUCUCGACCAUGGAGAUUUCUCAGAAGCAGCAACAAUUGUACAUUGGUUCCAGGGAUGGAUUGGUUCAGCUCUCUCUGCACAGAUGUCACACGUAUGGGAAGGCUUGUGCAGACUGCUGCCUUGCCAGAGACCCAUACUGUGCCUGGGAUGGAAACUCGUGUUCCAGAUAUGCUCCUACUUCUAAAAGGCGAGCCAGAAGGCAAGAUGUCAAAUAUGGAGACCCCGUUGCACAAUGCUGGGAUGUGGAAGACAGCAUUAGUCAUGAAACUGCUGAUGAAAAGGUGAUUUUUGGCAUUGAAUUUAAUUCAACUUUUCUGGAAUGUAUUCCUAAGUCCCAGCAAGCCUCUAUUAGGUGGUAUAUUCAGCGCUCUGGAGAAGAACAUCGAGAAGAGCUGAAGGCUGAUGAAAGAAUCAUCAAAACAGAGCAUGGGCUGCUGAUCCGCAGCUUGCAAAGAAAGGAUGCAGGAGCCUAUUUCUGCAAAGCACAGGAGCACACCUUUGUCCACACCAUUGUGAAGCUGAAUUUAAAUGUCAUAGAGAAUGGGCAAAUGGAAAGCACUCAGAAAACUGAGGACGAGGAGGGUCGGGUGAGGGAUUUGCUGACGGAGUCUCGGCUGAGGUACAAGGACUACAUCCAGCUUGUCAGCAGCCCCAGCUUUAGCCUGGAUGAGUACUGUGAACAGAUGUGGCACCGGGAGAAGCGGCGGCAGCGGAACAAAGGUGGUGCCAAAUGGAAGCAUGUGCAGGACAUGAAAAAAAAGCGAAACCGAAGGCACCAUGAACCAGCCAGGCCUCCGUCUACAUAGUUUGUAAAUGCUAUUUAAAGAAAGGACAUUUUUCAUGAAAAAAAAAAAAAAUACUGUGUUCUGGUUUUGUGCAUCUUGCCUAUGAAUUAGUACUGCUUCUUACUGAAAUCAGAUAACUCACCAUCACUAUUAAUCUGUAUGAGACUGUACAAUGGGAUUCGAUACCAAAUAAGAUGUUCCUUAUUGGAGUACCACAAACCAGGCAAUAAUGUCAAAUACAUUCACUGAGAAGAAAAGAUGUACACUUUUAGCUAAUUCCUGGGUAGCCUGAGGCUAUGUGAGCUGUGUUCUGUACAUCCUGCAUAAUUUUCAUGUAGGAUUUAGUGUCUGUGUUCCCAUGUUAAUAUUUGAUGCCAUAUUCCACCCCAGAAGUGGCUACAUUUUAGAGGAGGGCAGAUGUAACUCUAGUUCUUUGGCAUCUUUCUGAAUAAAAAGCACAGUAGAAAUGUGUGACAGAUCUGCAAAAAUACCUGCUAAUUUACCCAUUGGGUUUGUAUACAGGCACAUGGGUGGGGUUUGUUAGCACAGAGAUGCAUAGCAAAAAAUCAAAUUAGGUAUUGGCUUAGGGACAACAUUCAUUCUUCUUAUGAAAAAAAGAGAAAGUGUAAUCAUAGUUUAAGAGAGUGGAAUUAUCGAGCAUUGCUCACUAGAGUUUGAGUAGCCACCAGUUUGCAGUCCAUCUGCUGAAAUGAAAUGUUGACUCUAAUUGAAACUGCCACAGAGAGAUGCUUGGGAGUAAAUUUCCUAAAUGGUCCAUGGGAGGUAUGUGCACAAAUCCUAUCAGCAAAUAAUAGGAUUCCUGCCUGAAUCUCUCCUAUCUCUCCAAAGGCUUGGCUCUGACUGUUCCUCUGUCCCUUUUCCUAGUUUUGUUUUAUGCAGAGGAAAAGAAAAAUAAAAGACAAAAGCAAAGCUAAAAUGAAAGACGAUGAGGGAAAUAUUUAGUGACUGAGACCAGUGCUCUUGACACAGAGCUGACAUUCCUCAGAUGUGUGUAUUCUUUGGGAUUUUCUCCCAAAGGUCUUAUGUAUUUUUAAGUUGAAAAUUUGAGUUGUUGGGACUAAUACUUUUAUUAUAAUAAAAUAAAACAAAAGAUGUCCAUGUGUAAAUAAAACUUGUAAGUUAGGAA